AGAUUUGUGUUAAUUUUGGAUUAUUUGAUUUUAAUGGAUUCCAUGCAAUAAUAAAAAAAUCGAAAGAUAUAAGUAUUGAUAUAACUAAAUGUUAUAUUUUAUGGAUGAUUGUUGGAAAUCCUUCGAAAUUAUCAAUUUUUAGUUCAAAUAAUCGAAAAUUUCAAGUUGAUUGCAUUAGAGAGUCUAUUACAAUACAACCUAAUAAAUCAAACUAUUGCAUAAAAACACCUUUUCCAUUAUCUCAUGGAUAUACUAUUUCCGUUCAUGCAUAUUACCCUUCAACAAAUUAUGAACCUAUUAAUAUUAUUAAAUUAGUCGGAUGGAAUGAUGAAUAUAUAAAUUUUCAAAUCACAUAUAAUGAAUUUGAUGGAAUCAAUAACUCAUUAACAAAUAUUGAAAUAGAUUUGCAUAUUUGUUUUCUGUUUACGAAUUACAAGAAUUUAAAGAUCGAUGAUGAAGAAAGAGAAUGUUCUAUAGACUUAAUUGGAUAUAUUUUAACUGAAGAUAAUUUGAAUGAUAAAUUACCAAAUGAAAUUGAAUCAGAAGCUAAAAGUAGUCUUAUAAGUGACAGUGACGUUGAAAUGAUCAUAAAUGAUAAUGCAACAAGUGGAUUUGAGAAAUUUUGUAAUGAAAUAAUAAACGAAUUUGAAGAACAACAGAAUAAUAUCCGUAAAGAAAUAAUAGAUGAAUUUGACAAAUUCCGUAGUGAAAAUCUUAAAUUUCUCAGAUUGUCUAAUGUUUCUUAAUAUUAUGAAACGGUUAAAAUUUAUUGAACAUUUUACCUUUUUUUCUUUUGAAUACAUUUUAGAUAGUCAUUGAUAGUAGGUAAAAAAAUGUCAUAUUAUUGCAUGGAUAAAAUUUCUUGCAUUUGUAAGAAAAAUUAUUAUACGUGUAAGUUUUUUUAAUCAUGAUAAGUCAAUAAAGUAAUAAUAUAUAGAGAUAGAGAUUUUUUCUUUGUUAUGGCUUUUUAUAAUAAAUUAAUAUCCCGACUAAAAGAUACGUUUUGUAUACGUUUUGAGAUACGGGA